CCAGUCAUCCCAUCUACUGGAUAUUCACAUGUCAGUCCACUAAGAUCAUUUAUUCAUUGGACCAAUUGCUUAUCAUGCCAAAAACUCAACACGAUGUCUCUGCUUCACAAGAGGUCUUGCAUAAGAAUCUGCUUUUUUAGUUAUUUGGCUUUGUGAGACAUUCCAUACAUUUGGGAGCCAGGCUGAUUGUGGAGAUGAGUUCUAUCACUUCCAGAGAUGAAGAAGAAAAAGACACAUUUAAAAUUUUAGUUGCUACAGACAUUCACCUUGGGUAUUUGGAGAAGGACGCUUCUCGUGGAAAUGAUACUUUUGUAACUUUUGAUGAAAUAUUGAAACUGGCUCAAGAUAAUGAGGUGGACUUCAUUUUAUUAGGUGGAGAUCUCUUUCAUGAAAACAAGCCUUCCAGGAAAGCACUAUAUACAUGCUUAGAAUUACUAAGAAAAUAUUGCAUGGGUGAUCGUCCUGUACAGUUUGAAAUUCUGAGUGACCAGUCAGUUAAUUUUGGCUUUAGCAAGUUUCCAUGGGUGAACUACCAAGAUGAAAAUCUCAACAUUUCUAUUCCAGUUUUUAGUAUUCAUGGCAACCAUGAUGAUCCCACAGGGGCAGAUGCUCUUUGUGCUUUGGACAUUUUAAGUUGUGCGGGACUUGUUAAUCAUUUUGGACGUUCACCAUCUGUAGAGAAAAUAGAAAUUAGUCCUGUUUUGCUUCAGAAAGGAAAUUCAAAGAUUGCUCUUUAUGGAUUAGGAUCUGUUCCUGAUGAAAGGCUAUAUCGAAUGUUUGUGAAUAAACAAGUGACCAUGUUGAGGCCAAAAGAAGAUGAAAAUAGAUGGUUUAAUCUGUUUGUAAUUCAUCAGAACAGGAGUAAGCACGGCGCCACAAAUUAUAUUCCAGAACAGUUUCUAGAUGAUUUCAUUGACCUAGUAAUUUGGGGUCAUGAACAUGAAUGUAAAAUAUCUCCAACCAGAAAUGAGCAACAACUUUUCUAUGUUUCUCAGCCAGGAAGUUCAGUGGUUACUUCUUUGUCACCAGGGGAAGCUACCAGAAAACAUGUUGGUUUGUUGCGCAUCAAAGACAAAAAAAUGAAGAUGCAGAAGAUUCCUCUCCAGACUGUACGGCCUUUCUACAUUGAAGACAUUGUUCUGGCUGACUUCCCAGAUACCUUUCAGCCAGAUAACCCAAAAAUCACACAAGUAAUACAAGAUUUCUGCAUGGAGAAGGUUGAAAUGAUGCUGGAAAACUCAGAAAGAGAACAUCUCAGAAAUCCCAAGCAACCAGAGAAGCCUCUGAUAAGAUUACGAGUAGAUUACAGUGGAGGCUUCGAACCUUUCAGUAUAGUUCGUUUCAGCCAGAAAUACUUGGAUAGGGUGGCUAAUCCGAAAGAUAUCAUACAUUUUUUCAGGCAUCGGGAGCAAAAAGAGAAAAAUGAAGAUGAGGUUAGCUUUAGAAAACUGGACCACAAGCCUACAGCUGAGGGAACAACUCUGAGGGUGGAGGACUUAGUAAAGCAAUAUUUCCAAACAGCAGAGAAGAAAGUACAGCUUUCUCUUCUGACUGAGAGGGGUAUGGGCGAAGCCGUGCAAGAAUUUGUAGACAAGGAGGAGAAGGAUGCUAUUGAAGAAUUGGUGAAGUUCCAGUUAGAAAAGACCCAGCGAUUUCUGAAGGAGAAGCAUAUAGAUGCAGAAGAAGCAAAAAUUGAUGAAGAGGUGCAACACUUCAGAGAAUCAAGAAAAAAGAACAUGGUGGAAGAGGAUGAGGAAGUUCGUGAGGCUAUAAACAGGGCCAAGGCCAGAUCUCAGGGAACUGAUCAUGCUUCAGUGAUGAGUGAUGAGGACCUCAUGGAUGUUGCCACCUCUGACCAAAGAGCCAAUGAUGAGUCAGAGGACUCUUUAGCUCCCAGCCGGGGUAGAAGGAGAGGUCGGGCAAGAGGCAGAGGAGGACAGAACAUCUCAGCCAGGGGGGCAUCUCAGCGAGGAAGAGGAGGAAGUACUGGCCGUGAUCAGACAAGCAGUGGCAGAACAUAUAAGCCUGUAACUACUCCUACAAAAAAUAUGUUGAUUUGGGAUGCUUUUAAGUCGUCAAGACAGCAGCCCUCCCGGAAAAUGCCUAUCAAGAAUUAUUCAGAGGUGAUUGAAGAUGAUGAUUCUGAUAUAGAGGAGGUGUCUUUUACCCCUUCCUCUACUACAAAUCAAAGGUUACCAACCACAUCAACAUACAGCCAAAGGAGCUCUCAGAGCCAGUCAUCCAAAGGAGUUGAGUUUGAAUCAGAUGAGGAUGAAUUAUUUGUUUCCACUUCGAGAAGAAACAGAUGAUAAUAUCUGAGUCCAAUGUAUGGAAGGAAAGUGCAAAAAUAACUUCCCCAAAUUCUGCAAAAGAGACCUAAGAUGUUUGUAGUUUAUUCUCCAUAAUUUUACUGUGUUGCCUUGAAAUGGAUGGCUUCCUUGAAGAAGAAUGGUUUCUUACUCUAUAUGUGCAAUGUCAUCAGGCAUGCACAAAUAUACUACUAAAUGGAGGAUCCAGAGUUCGCUUGAAUGGAAAUCUAUAAAAAGGAAUACUCUCUCUUAGAAGUGGCAACUUUCACCAAGGUCUUCUUGUUCUUUACCUUCUAAUACAUUCUUAUAAUCUGCUCAGGAGUAUGAGGUUGGGAAAAUUCUGGAGCUGUGGGGGAGAAAAAAGAAUUCAGGAAAAAUGGCUCCUCUUUUCUCCAAAAAGGAGUCACCAAAGUUCAGGCACUUCCCUAAUCAGAGCGGCUUCAAAUACACCUGAAUAGAGAUGGCAAACUCACUAUCCAAACUUAAGGACGAAGGAAAUAUUUCACAGUCUUUCCUUUAAAGGGUUCUUUUAUUUCCCGUGUCUCCUUAUUAUAGAGGAAUAGAUUAGACCUGGUUGGGUAAGAGAAUAAAUGCCACUCUUGCAUUCCAUGUUUAACAAGUCUCCAACUUCCAUGGAGGAGGCAAUGCCCUGAGUCAAAACUGAUGAUAGCAUUCAGUGAUUCAGUGAAAUUAAAUAUAGCUUGAUUGACUAAAGUUAUACCUUACAGUUUUGAAAAAAGAAAAAGGUCUGCUGGAUGCUUGGAUAUAAAAUGUGAUUCAUUUUGACAAUAAGCUAUAAUGAUAAGGAUUUCAAAAUAUAUAUUUUUUUAGUUUUAAAGUAACACCUUAUACUUACUGCACGUAGUCCUUUAUAUUUAUUAAACAAUAACUAGAGGGAGCUAGUUAUAGUUUAAGAAAUUGAAACUGAGUUGGUGCUGAUUCAGUGCCCAUAAUAGUAAAGUUGGCAAUAAUUUCAUUGAUAUGCACAGAAAGUAAUAGAUUGCAAGAGGCCUUCAAGUGGAUGUAAGUUUUCUUUUUCCUUAUCUUAGCUUUGCCCAACUUGCAUUGCUGAUCUCAGUGGUUUAAAAAAAAUUCAUUUGAAAAGAUGUUCUUUAAAGUAAGCUCAACAUAAAGUUACAGGAUGAGUUUUUUAAAAACCAUGUUGGCCUUGGAAAUGUUGCGCAAUGCAAUAUAUUUUAACAUGGAAAGUCCACAUAUUGACUGAUCACUAUAUUUUAAAUUUAUUCUACAAACCCUGAAGAAUUGUACAAGGGAUGCGAAGUAUGUGAUUAUGGAAUAAAGGUUUGUGACAUGUUUGUUCCUAUUUGUUUUAAAUAUUUGGAAAAUUUGAUUUGUAUUUACUGAACAUACCAAUAGAGGUCAUUUAUGUUGCAUUAAGAAAGAAGAUGGAGUGGUGACAGUGCUAGCAUAAAUAGAUUGCUUUGCAGUGCCUUUUCUCUGAUUUCUCAUCCCACACUUCACUG